UGUUUUAUUACACAAACAAUAAAAUAUUGGUAGUUGAAGAUUAAAUGCGGCAUUCAGUACAUUUUAUUCCAUUCUGUAUAGAUUAACAUUGUGCUCUCUUCCAAUAUACAGAGUAAGACAUGAACUUAGCCUCUUUCAGACAGCAUUGUAAAAUAUUGAGGGUGGGUACCGUAUGUCUUUUUAAUUCAAGCAUUCAGAUAUUGCCUGUUAGGAUUUGGAAAAGGGUGAUAGCAGAACAGCAGCAGUUACAAAAACAGAUGUGGAACCUGCCUGCAACAAAGGCUGAAUUCAAAUAUUGUGCAUUCUAGUUGAUGAGUUAUAUCUUCUAUGAUAUUGUUUCUUCUCUCAACCAGUUUAAUGGUGUCCCCCCACCCCAAUUGCAUUUCAUGGCCUCUGAGUAUAUAUAUUCCUUUUCUCCUAUAGUUUUUCUUAAAAUAUUCUUUUCUGCUUUUGCAAACUACAAAAUUGCCCUGAUUUUGCUUGCAUCUUCUUAUGCAACAUGGUUUCAUUUUACAUAAGCAAUGGCACCAUGCCUGAACAUUUGAAAGAGAAUAAAUGUGUAAAAUGUUGAAGUGCGAAAAGCCCCUUUUCAGGUUCUAACUAGUCAGUAAAUGAACCGGUCUCUGUUUUCCAGGUUCUAUCAUCACCCGCACCCCCAAAUUUUCAGUAACUUUCAACUUUCACUUGGCACUCCUUGGAGACCGUGAGCAUGUUUUUCCGAGUUAGUCUAUACCCCCACUUCUUUCUCAGUAUUUGUUUUUAACUUCUAAAAACAAGGUGUGGAUGAUGCAGCUUUGCCUAAAUAGAAUCAGCAUCAAAAAAAGAGUUUAGACGAACGACAAUAUAUGACGGCUCUUAUUUUCAUGACAGGCUUACUCAUAGUUAACUGAACCAUGAUUUACUCAAUCCAUUUUGUUUUAUAAGAAUAAAUUGAUCACACAGCUUGGGUUCACAUUAAUCUAGGCUAAAAUGUAGUUGGUUAAAUUGUGGGUCAGUAGUUUAUGCAAACAUGCUAUCAGUGUACAUUAUUCCUCUUUGUAACAUUAAAAAAGAAAGAAUAGGACUGGCCUUUCAAUGUAAAUUUAAAUUCAAAGCAGAAACAAAUUCAGUUGCUCAGGGCCCAUGGAGAGAUGUUACCAAACCAGAGUGGAAGUGGAUUUAAAGCAGGCAUCCAAUCAUGACUUCUAACAAUGGCUCAGGUAAAGUAAACAAAAGUCCAGAAGCAUGGUGUUUGCCUAGGCAGGGAGAUCAUCAAAGAUAAUGGAGGGCUGCAAGCACUCUGCAAGCAAGGAACGCUCUCUGAAAAAAGAAGGGAUGGAUUCCAGGAGCCCCGAGACUAGUUAAAGGACUGGGAGUGGGAGAUGGGGGGAAAACUCAGCAGAAGUAAUUGGGAAAAAAAGUUUGCUGAGUUCUUCUGAAUAAAGAGAUCCUUGACUCUGGGUGGCUGUUUCUUUGAUGGUCAGGGCUCUUGGUAAACAACUGAUAAGAGUGUGAGGUAUUUUGAUGAGCAUGGAGUCCAUUAGAAAGCAGUAGGAAGGACACCUGGGUUUGCAAAUGCAUCUGUCCUGAAUUUCAAGCUCAUAUUACUAAGAAGAUUAAAAACUAUGGACCAGCAUAAUGGAAACUGGUACUUUCCAGAAAUACAGCAGCCCAAAUUAGGAUUGGUUUGCUCCUUCUGAUUUUACUUCCUGGGUGACGUGGAAUUUUAAUUCUCAGAUAAGCUACAGAAAUAUCAAAGAAGUAAUCCCACCCUCACAAAUUCCCAUUAUUGACUAUAGAUAAUUAUACAGAUCAUACAGUACUUGUUCAUAGUACAAAUAAGCAUUUAAAAAAGUAAUUAAUAAAACAAAUUAAGCAUAUUCCCAUAUGGAAAAUGUUGCCACAGCCCCUCAAUAUUUACAAUGAAAUGUAAAAUAUAAGAUGUUAUUCUGUAAGUGAGCACUUUUUGACAUUUUGAACAUUUUUAAAUCUGUAAACUAAAUAGGCUUGAUGCUUCCCUCCCUUUCAUUCUUUCAAGCUACUUUUAUUGAAGAAUCAGGAAGCCUGUCGGAAUAGGUGGAAACUUACAUAUUAAGCGAAUCUUCUGAUUUAUUUAUUAAACUGUUGAUAUUUGUAUUUUGAAUAUUGCAAGAAAAUUCUUCUGGGUACAUUAGGAAGUGGUGAUAUUAAAUGAGAUACUUGUAACAUAAUUUCUCUUAAGUCCGUUUCGAAGCUAUCAGGUUUUUCAUUCAAGCAGGUAUAAAACCUAAAGGAACUUGACUGUAUCUCCAAUUCCUUUCCGUGUAGGGCUCUAAAUUUUCACUGGAAGGUGAGGCAUUUUGUACACAUUACCUGUAGAACAAUGCCAUCCAUCUCAUGGCACGUUGCAACUGCUGUUGCCUUGUUCAUUACGACCAUUAUUCUUUCGCCCCGCGUUAUGCCAAGGCUGGAGCAGCAUCGGUGGAUAUCACGCGACCAGAGCCAUUAUCAAUGUAUUCAGGACGGGGGAAGGGCGAGAAACCCGAAGCCUCGGAGCAAGGAGGGAACGAACCGCUCCAGCCAAGUGAGUCCUUACCCGCAACGUUCAGUGCAAAGCUCCGCCCUUGCAACUAAAAGACUAAGAGAGCAGCAUUUUAAUUUCGGCGACUAGGCCGCCUCACUGGUCGAGGAAGAAAAGGCGGGACAAAUUCUGACCAAUGGAAGCGAGCGAAGGAAUGAAGGGUAGGGCUUCAACCUGAAUGACAGCUCGGGAGAUAAACAACUCCCUGCGCGAGGCUCUCCAUUAACCGAUCUCUGUAGCCCAGUUCUCCCUCCAGAAGAAGGCAGCUGGUGGCAGGUCAAGUGAAUAAGUUCGCCUCCUGGUUUCCCUACUGAGCCAUCCUCGACUCGUUCACCCAACGUGAAGAGUCAGCAACUUCCCAGCACCCACUCAGCAAUAACCGAGGGAGCGCGUUGCAACGCGCAGGCGCUUGCUAGCUAAGUUAUUGCAAGCGGCACUGGGCCUUGUAGUUCCGGCAUUCCCAGUCUCCCCCAAGCGUCUGCGAACUCGCGCCUCCAUCACUACUACCUGACCCAGAAGCCCUUGCGACUCUAACUCUUGGAAGCCGUGGUUGAAGCGGGUGGCGGCUGAGGGGACUCCCCCCCACCCCCAAAAACCCAAAACAAGGAAAUGGUGCCCAGUAUGGUGGCCUCGUGCCCCUGCGCCUGAAUGCUGCCGGUCCCGCCGCCGCCGCCGCACACCGUUGUCCGCCUCCCUCUCUUCCUUCUCUAGUCGCUCCUUCCAUGGGUGAAAGACAUGGACUACGAGUUCAAAUCCAAGCUGGCGGCCGAGCGCGAACGGGUGGAGGAUCUGUUCGAGUACGAGGGCUGCAAAGUCGGGCGAGGCACCUACGGGCACGUCUACAAAGCGCGGCGCAAGGACGGGUAAGAAGAAACCGAGGCGGGGAGCGGGAAGAGAGCGGCGGCGGCCCAGGGGAACCGAGAAAAGAUGAAAAGGAAUAUGCACUGAAACAGAUUGAAGGCACAGGGAUAUCCAUGUCGGCAUGUAGAGAAAUAGCACUUUUGCGAGAACUGAAGCACCCUAAUGUGAUUGCAUUACAGAAGGUUUUCCUUUCUCAUAGUGAUAGAAAGGUGUGGCUGCUGUUUGAUUAUGCUGAACAUGAUUUGUGGCAUAUUAUCAAGUUUCACCGUGCCUCAAAAGCAAACAAAAAACCCAUGCAGCUGCCAAGAUCUAUGGUCAAAUCACUACUUUAUCAGAUUCUUGAUGGAAUCCAUUAUCUCCAUGCAAACUGGGUGCUUCACAGAGACUUAAAACCAGCAAAUAUUCUAGUAAUGGGAGAAGGUCCUGAAAGAGGAAGAGUCAAGAUAGCUGAUAUGGGUUUUGCAAGGCUAUUCAAUUCUCCCCUUAAGCCGCUGGCAGACCUGGAUCCAGUUGUGGUGACAUUUUGGUACAGAGCUCCAGAAUUGUUACUUGGGGCACGGCACUACACUAAGGCGAUUGAUAUAUGGGCUAUUGGCUGUAUAUUUGCUGAGCUAUUGACUUCAGAACCUAUAUUUCACUGUCGUCAGGAAGACAUCAAAACAAGCAAUCCUUUUCAUCACGAUCAGCUUGAUCGCAUAUUUAGUGUCAUGGGAUUUCCUGCAGAUAAAGACUGGGAAGACAUUAGGAAAAUGCCAGAAUAUCCUACACUUCAAAAAGACUUUAGAAGAACAACAUAUGCCAAUAGUAGCCUCAUCAAAUACAUGGAAAAACACAAAGUCAAGCCUGAUAGCAAAGUAUUCCUUUUGCUUCAAAAACUUCUGACUAUGGAUCCGACCAAAAGAAUUACCUCAGAGCAAGCUUUGCAGGAUCCUUACUUCCAGGAAGACCCAUUGCCUACAUCAGAUGUUUUUGCUGGCUGCCAGAUUCCAUACCCUAAACGAGAAUUUCUUAAUGAAGAUGAACCCGAGGAAAAGGGUGAUAAGAAUCAACAGCAGCAGAACCAACAUCAGCAACAAACAGGACCUCAGCAGCAGCAGCAGCAGCAAGCAGCACCUCAGCAGCCACAGCCACAGCAACCGCAACCACAAGCAGCACCUCAGCAGCAAAACAGCACCCAAACCAAUGGAACUGCAGGGGGUGGUGGAACAGGAGGUGGCGGAACUGGGGCAGGUCUCCAGCACAGCCAGGACUCCAGCCUCAACCAGGUGCCUCCAAACAAGAAACCACGCCUUGGGCCUUCAGGCACAAAUUCAGGCGGGCCUGUCAUGCCUUCAGACUAUCAACACUCCAGUUCACGCCUGAGUUACCAAAGCAACAUUCAGGGAUCUUCUCAGUCCCAGAAUACAAUGGGCUAUUCAACAUCAUCUCAGCAGAGUUCUCAGUACCAUCCGUCCCACCAGUCUCAUCGGUACUAAAGAGACUUCAUAAAGGGUGUUAGAAAGGAAUGAACUAACAAUGAGUGGACUCCAGCAAUAUGAAGUUCAUAACCAUGAGAAGAACCAAAAAUGCAAAUUGUGAUGCAGAUUUUAGAAUUGCAAACUUUUUAUUUACUAAUUAUUUUGAGACAAGAGACAGUUCUUAUCCUUUUUUGCCAUAAAGGAGAUUCUUGUGAAGUUUCCCUUCAGCUUGCUUUCGCAUGUGUUCCAUUGUGGUUACUCGAAUGAAACUGUCUGAUCUGAACCAAGCACUUAAACUUCUUUAACCUAUGGAAUUGUUGAAGGAUUCCUGGUGCACCUUUCUCGUGUUGUAGUAAUUGCCAUAAAUCUAACCUUUUCCAAAUCCUUUUACCAGGAUUUUAAAUUUUUGGAAUCUUGAACUCCUGGGCUUUUCAAGCUUGUAUAUAGUUAAUUUUUUUACUAGGCAGACCAGUUUAGCUAUACAGGUAUAAUGCACCUUUUAAAAGCACUAUGUUAUUUUCACAGGAUAUUACUCUUUUGCUCAUGGAUGUCAAGAACAGCAGAUUUUACUAUUCCAGAGUAUUUUAUUAUCUUUUUAGUAGUCUAGUUUUCAGAUGAGAUCUUUA